ACAUCACGUCCGGCAGACGGCGCUGAUGUUCAAUGCAAACACCUUUAACCUCGAGAAGAAAGGACAAUGUAGGGAAAUAUCGCCAAUGUUAUGGCACGCUACGGUCAGAGAGCUUUUUAAAAACAACACAAUAGUCCCGUGAUGAUCCAUAGUUCAGCAGUAGAAUCGGUGUAGUUGCGCCAGUAACUUUACACUAAAUACGCCGAAGGAGCCGGACUAGUUAACGCUCGCGCUUCAGAAAGCAUUAGCCUAAGACGUCAGCAAGAACAAUAAGGAUAUAUGGAUAGAGAUUCACGCAACGUCCCGAUGAUGACGAGCGAAUACAAACACGUCUAAACAUCUGAUAACUCUCGGGUUGUCAGGGUUGAUGCAGUGAAGAUGGGAGCUAUUGUAGAGUGUCAGGCAGGCGCGGGCGGUUGAGCUGGCGUUAAGUAAAGGAAGAAUGCACUUAUCCCAUGUUGGAACCAACAAAAUCUGCUUCCUGCUCUCUGUGGUAUUCUGUGCCCUACUUGUGCUCCUGAUACCCUCACUGCAACCCCCACAGCGCCAAAGGGAUCUGCCCCAACCCCGGCCCCAUGCCAAGCCCACCAGAGCCGGGCACACACAUGACCUCCAAAGAAACCCCAGCUCAGCUGGACAUCAGCGAAAUGAUGAUGCCAAGGAGGACAGUUUCACCCACCCAUAUGCUUUCCGGGGGCGAACCAAAGACCUGCAGAAGGUGUUAGAAAGGGCACAAGCCAACUCUCCCAGGUCCCGUUCCAAAGACUCUUUGGACUUAAGAGACAUUUUUAUUGCCAUCAAGACAACCAGGAAAUACCACAAGUCCAGAUUGCAGCUUCUGGCCCAGACCUGGGUGUCCAAAGCAAAAGAACAGACGUUUAUCUUUACUGAUGGGAAGGAUAAGGAGCUCAGGCUGAAAACAGGACUUAAUAUCAUCAACACCAACUGUUCUGCGGCACACACUCGCCAAGCCCUGUGCUGUAAGAUGUCGGUGGAAUAUGACAAGUUCAUCGAGUCACAGAAAAAGUGGUUCUGUCAUGUGGACGAUGAUAAUUAUGUCAUCCUGCCCGGUUUGCUGGAGCUGCUCUCCUCCUACUCGCACACACAGGACGUGUACCUGGGCAGACCCAGUCUGGACCACCCAAUAGAGGCAGCUGAGAGGGUCAAGAGCGAUGGAUCGGUGUCAGUUAAGUUCUGGUUUGCUACUGGAGGAGCCGGCUUCUGUAUCAGCAGAGGUUUAGCACUCAAAAUGAGUCCAUGGGCAAGCCUUGGAAACUUCAUUACGACUGCAGAAAAGAUUCGUCUCCCAGAUGACUGUACGAUAGGUUACAUCAUUGAGGCUCUGCUUGAAGUUCCUCUGACACACACAGGCCUUUUCCACUCACACCUGGAAAAUCUCCUGAGACUUCCCACAAACAACAUUCUCAAACAGGUGACCCUCAGUUAUGGUGGAUUCGAGAACAGACGGAACGUGGUCAGUGUUGGAGGAGCCUUCUCAUUGGCUGAGGAUCCUUCACGGUUUAAAACGGUUCACUGCCUACUCUACCCAGACACUGACUGGUGCCCACGCAAGACUCAUCACUGACCUCUGGGACUCUCGCAAUCUUCCCACAAAACUCUUUAUGCGAAGAAAAUAACGUUUAAGGUUGCCUUCACAUGUUCAGACCUCAAAAGCUGGGUUCAGUUCGUUUGUUUUGUUUGGUACUUUGUUUUUAUGUUUCUGUGGUGAAACAGGGUGAUUAAUUUAUUUGAGCAGUUUUUUUUCUGAAAUAUGUUUUGGAAAUGAUUUUGAGUCUCUGUAGUGGGUUUCCAUGAAGUGUUAUGUCAUAUCUGUGUGCCCAAGAUGAUCUCUUAAUGCCUCUAAGAAAAACAGUAUUGAUUCAGUAUUGAGUGCAGUCAGAACAUCACACAGACCAAAAAACAAACCUGUUUUGAUCAGUCAAGACAUGCUAAUUUAUUUGUCGUUUCAUUUUUAUAAUAAUAUUUCAUUAAAACAGUGAAUAAGGUGAAGAGAAGCAUGACUUUCUCGAGUCUUAUGAUCAGUGUUCAAAUUUCUUUGCUUUCUUGUGCUAUUAUCUUAUUUUUGCACAAACAUGUUCCUCACUGCAGGCCAGUGGUUUGCACAAACAUACCAAAAUUACACUUCGGUUUUACUUCAUUUUGUUAAUGUGACCGCUUUGCAACAUGCUGGAUAUUUGCACUCUCCUAACACUGCCAAACGUUUGUGGAGUUGAAUGUCAAAUUGUUUGCCACUCUGUUGUGCUUUUUUAAUCUCAUGUAUUGAUAAUGCUGCAACGUAUGGAUUUCAUUUUAAUAAAUAUUUAUAAUGCAUACGCUGAAGUUUAUUCAUUGUGACAACCUAAUAUUGAAAUUAAGAUAUUUAGAUGACA